AUUCAAUUGUCAUGAAAUAUAUGAAACGAUAUUGUUGUAUUUUGAAAACUAUAUUUGUUAUUUAUAUAUUGCUUUUCACAAUUUUUAUUGUUGCAAAGUAUAUAUACAUGCAUCACGUGACAAAUAAGUAUUUUGCAGAAGACGAAAGAUGAUAUUUCGAAAAAUAUUGAUAACCAAACCACAUUGACUUCCAUGGUAUGAACUUAUGAAGACAAAGCAAAUGCAACGGAAGACUAAUAGAUCACAUAAACUAAAUAUAUGAAAUUAGCAAAGAAUAAUUAAAGUAAGAAAUUAAGAAAUUAAAUACCACCCAAGAUGUGUCUGUACAUUUAAAUCAGAAACACACACACAGACAACAUUUAUAGCAACAAAAUUAUAGUUUCUUCUGUAUUGGUUGCUGUUGGCAAAACCAUUUCGAUUAACUCUAGUAGAACCAGUUAAUUUUAGUAAUGACCCACGUAAAUGAAGUGAAUCUAGUGUUGAGUGUGAUGUGUCUCCAGUCCAGCAGGAGUCGCUCUGCAGCUCUUCAGUCCGCCGAUAAACCCACUAAAGAAAGAAAGAAAGACAAACAUCAAGCGCUGCUGCGUGUUUACAUCACUUUGAUUUUCUCUCUUUAGUGUUUUAAACACAGUGUUGUGUGUCUGUGUGUCUGUGUUGAGAUGUUAACGAUGACGUCACAGAUGUGCUGUAAAUCAGUGGGAACUGAUCUGUCCAUGCUGGAUGUUGAUGAUUUCAUCACAGAAAUCUGUCAGCUGAAGAAAGAGGUGAAGUUACUGGAGGAAAAGCUGAGGACAAGAGGAGAUGAACUCAACACAGAGAAGUCCAGACACACACAGGACUCAGAGCUCAGCCUCACUUUACUCUGUUAUACUGACACAAACCCCACAGACGCUCAGGACACUGUGUGUGACAGUAAUCACACCUUGAAUCAGGAUGAAUCUACUGAUCAAACCUCCACAGAGUCUCUGGAUUCUGUCUGUAACGCUGGAGAACAGCAGAUCCUGAACACCAGACCACUGAACAUGUGUUCUGUCAGAUUGAUGGACUGCAGGAAACUGAUGAAGAUGAAAACAGAACUCACAGUAAAGGAAGAACAGACUGAUGAAGAUGAGAAUCAUGAUGAUUUUAUUAAUUCAGUCAAACUGGAAAAUGGCUGGAACCUGGAGAUGAACAAAGAACCAAAUUCGGACAAAGAACAGACUGGUGAAGAUGAGAAUGAUGAUGGUUUUAUUCCUUUAGAUGAAAGCGGUGAUUCAUGUGGUGAUGGAGAAACGGCCUCUACAUCAAAACAGCGACUGACAGCACAAACUCUUUCCUGCAUCACCUGUGGAAAGACAUUCAGUUCACAGAGACGUUUAGAGACACAUGAGAGAAAACACACAGAACAGAAACUCUUCACCUGCAGGAGAUGUAAGAUCAGCUUUCCUACCUUACAAGAGAAGAAACUACAUUCACAAGAGCACAGAGACAAGAAACACUUUCCCUGUCAGCAGUGUGGGAAGAACUUUCUCAGCACUUCUCAUCUGAAGAUUCACAUGAUGUCACACACUGGAGAAAAACCUUUCCACUGCAGUGAAUGUGGCAAAUAUUUUAGCAGCAAAGGAAAUCUUGUUGCUCAUCAGAUAAUUCACACGGGAGAAAAACCAUACGCGUGUCCUCACUGUGACAAGAGAUUCAGCUACAGAUCCUAUAUUAAGAAACACAUGCGUGUCCACAGUGAUGAGAAACCGUAUCAGUGCAGUGAAUGUGGAAAAACUUUUAGACAGUCAUCUGGUCUGAAGUCACAUCAAGCAACUCACUCUGAGGAGAAACUCUAUCAGUGUUCACACUGUGAUAAACGCUUCCAUCAUAAAUCUAAUCUGAUUACUCAUGAGAGAUCUCACACUGGAGAGAAACCUUUCCUCUGCGCUCACUGUGGAAAGAGAUUUUCAAACCAAAGUUCUUUUAUUUUUCAUAAAAGAAUUCACACUGGACAGAAACCUUAUCACUGCAGUGAUUGUGGAAAGAGUUUUAAUCAUCAGAACAAUUUUACAAAACAUCAGAGAAUUCAUUCAGGUGAAAGACUUUAUAAAUGUUCUCAGUGUGACAAGACGUUUGCUCGACCAGAUGUUCUGAAAAACCAUCAGAGAGUUCACACUGGAGAGAAACCUUAUCACUGCUCCAUCUGUGGAAAGAGAUUUUCUCAUCCACAUCAUUUCAGAGAUCAUCAGAGAAUUCACACUGGAGAAAAACCUUAUCACUGCAGUGUUUGUGGGAAGAGUUUUAAGCGUCACAGCAAUUUUGUGAAUCAUCAGAGAAUUCAUACAGGUGAAAGACUUUAUAAAUGUUCUCAGUGUGACAAGACGUUUGCUCGACCAGAUGUCUUGAGAAUCCAUGAGAGAGUUCACAGUGGAGAGAAACCUUAUCACUGCUCCAUCUGCAGUGAGAGAUUCACUUAUUUAGGAAGUUUUAAGACUCAUCAGAAGAAACAUGCUGAAGAACAAACUGCACUGGAAUCAUCAUAGUGUCUUUAAACCCUGAGCUCUUAGUGUCAGUCAAUAUCACAUUGAAUUUUCAUAUGAAUUGAUGAUGUCAUUCAGUGUUUUACAGCUAUGACAAGAAAUGUCCAAAUGUUUCCUGUGUGUCACUAAAUGUGUCCAGAUGCUACUAUAAUGAAAGAAUGUAUAAAAAUAUAAUUUUGUUUGAAUAGGGACAUAAACAUGACUUUUAAAAAUG